GCGAUGCGAUAAACAACGUCUGUAUUCGUUGAAGAUGUAUGAUAACCUUUUGAAAUACGAUGUUUCAUGUAUAUACAACCCUCACCGUUCUGUAUGUAUGUAUAUGAGCUUCGCCAAAGAUGCUGCUUGUAAUUUCAAUUUGCAUGCUUUAUAAGCCCCAUUUGGACCCCUACUGCGCAACAACUCACUCAUCACCAACAUUAACUCUCGUUCGUCCCUGCCGACACCACCAUGGAUUUCUUUUUUUGUCUACCAAUCAUAUUCGGCUGCCCCACAAAAAUCAAGCCGGAAGGAAACCAAGGAGCCAGAAUAUGUCCUCGGUGCCAUAACGCUGCGAUGUUCUCCGCCAAGUCCAGAACCUGGUUCGAGCUCUGUUUCGUCCCGCUCAUUCCUCUAAACUCGAAGCAUGUUUGGAUGUGCGGGAUAUGUCAGCUGCAGGUGCAUGUGCAGCCUGGGUGGGAGCCUCAGGUGGCUCAGCCGGGGUAUCAGCAUCCGCAGGUGCAGGGCCAGUAUGCGCCGUCUCAGAGCGCUGGAUACGGGCCUGGGUAUGUUCAACCUCAGAAGUGACCCGGAUGGCGAGCGUGUCAUGGAUCAUUAACUAUUUUGCAUGAGAGUUACCCUGUAGGAUGACGA